AUGUCGGAACUCACAUUCGCCAAAUCCUUUCUCUCCACGCUGGACUCCCGUCCCAUCAAGCUACGUGGUGAUCAUGUCUUCGAUCCUGAGCAAGUUGGGCUUCGUGUACCGUACACUCUUCCCCGCCUCCAGGCCCCGCACCCCGAGAUGCCCAAAAAGGUCAAGCAGGCACAAGCACCAGGCUCGUCCAAGUCAAUCACUAUCCACGUGAAAUCUGCUCGCAAUCCAGCUCUCGAAUUCUCCCUGCCCAACUCUCCUCUUUCUACCACCACGGUGCAGGACCUGAAGGAUGCUGUCCGUCAGCGUGUAACCGAUGCGCAAGGAAACGCUGUGGCGCUCGACAAGAUUAAGAUUCUCUGCAACAAGAAGCCUGUCGCUGGAACGGGGAAGACAGUGGCUGAGAUUCUUGCAGACGAACCGGGGAUGCUGGUCGGAGGCAAAGAAGUCGAGUUCAAGGUGAUGAUCAUCGGGGGUGCCAAGACUAUUGAUGUAUCAGAGGCUCAACCAGCAACAGAGGCACAUCAAGCAUCUCCGCCAAAGCCAGCAGUUGGACCUAGUGGUCUGGAGGUGGUACAGACAGAGGCUUUCUGGGAUGACCUACAGGGCUACCUGGAACAACGGUUGAAGGAUAUGCAGGAAGCAAAGCGGUUAAGAGUACUAUUCAAGGAUGCGUGGACCUCAAAUCAGUGA